AUGGCGGUAAGCGAGGAAGUCAUCGAGCUCAGCAGACUUCUCGAUUCGCGCUUCGCAACUGAAGAAGUUUCCCUCGACGACCGUGGGUCGCAGUCGCAUUCAGCAACAACAUCCCUAUACCCGGCCGAUAGAACGACGAUAGAAAGCAUCCAGAAUUUAGAGCUCUCGGACGCGAAUGACGAUAACAAUCAUGCAUCUUCAAUCGCCAAAGGACACGACAUUUCAGUCCAUCCUCUUGCUGGCGAAGAGAACUCUGAUUACCAUCGAACUUAUCAUGCUCCCUGGGCACUCCGCCGGCUGCACUUGCUAUGCCUCGUCGUCGUCCUCGUACUGAUGAUCAUUGCUUUGGAAGUUACGCAAUACAUCUCGAACAAGAACCAAGGUCUGGCAACCACAACCCAGAGGAUUCAUUACUUAUGGACAUAUGGCCCUACUGCUGUAUUCUCCGUCCUCGCGAUAUUCUGGGGCGCUCUCGAAUACCAGACAAAGGUCAUGAUGCCUUGGAAACUGAUGGUAGGCUCCCAAGUGUCUAAGACUGCCAAUGUUAGCGUUUUCUUGUCGAAUCUCGAUUGUCACCCUGGUCACGUUGCAAAUGUCACAAUGCUUGCUCAGGACGACAACUGGCAAUUGGUAGCCAAUCUAUCAGACUCCGUGUGUACUACGAAUCUUGUCGACAUUGGGACACGUUACGACACCGGCAAUGCCACUGUUGACGGGAGUUGGAAGACUGUGGGUGCUGCAUCGCUACAAAGAUGUCAGGAAAGCGCGAACUUUGACUCGGGAUCUCUGGUACUUACAUUUGCACAAGCCAUCAAACCAAAGAAAAAGCCUCCUGCCUUUUAUGACAAAGGUAAAACAGAACAGUUGCCCAUGGGCUCAUUUGAGUUUAAUGCAACCGUGCUUUUCUGCAAACCCACGAACAACAUGGAGAAGGCUUUAGUGACCACUAACUCUUCCGAUGCUAUCCUUGAUGUGGCAGAUGGAUAUAGCACUUCGAGGCUCAAUCUGUCUUCAUGGGAUAUGGCGUUAGCCUUCAACAACACUGUUUCUAGCGCCAGCAAGUCCUUUACGAACAGAGACGACCUGAACCUUGCAGCGGGUAUGGCGCCAUAUGAUACAUACUUCAAGAUCUUGCAGGCCAUAUCGCCUGGAGCUGAAGCAAAGUAUUUGGACUCUGAGAUUCUUGAAGCAGAUUCUCGACGCCUGGUCACCGCUGUCUGGGCGCAAAUUGCAAAUCAACACCUCCUGUCGAAUGCGGCCAAGGGGGAUACAGGAACAUAUCGUACUUCUCUGCCUAGAUGUCUGAGCAGUGUUCGAUUUGGUAGAUGGGCGGUGCUUAGCGUCUCGCUAUCAACACUACUCAGCCCGUUCCUCACGAUCAUCGUCAGUGGUCUAUUCGAGGAACGACCUGUACCACAGUACCAGACGCUGAGUACUAAUGCUGUGGAUAAUUUGACUAGAUUUGACGACAGUACUUACCAGGACUGUGAGCAACUUGGAUGGGACCAGGCCACACUUAAUGCUGCCAACCUUCUCAUACAAGAUGUAAUCCCAUUUCCAGAAGGAACCUUCGACAACUACAUCUAUCCUCUGAUGACAGAUAUCUCUGGCAACACGAGCAUGACAGGAGUGUUCAAUGCAUCGUCCUUUUCAGCAGUCACCCCAGGUUAUCACCCCCAUACGGUGUGCCAAGCUAUGGAUCCAUCGCAAUUCCAAUACACAUUGAGCAGCGACGGAUCAAAUAAUGGUCCCAAUUGGCCAACUAAACCUUACAACUACUACCUUAACUUCACCCACCCUGAUCUCACGGGUUGUGAUUGUUCUGCGCCACAGUUUCCCGAUACAUACUGCGCUGCAUCAGAACUGUUGUCGCUCGGCAUGGAGUUGAGCCCUAACAACACUAUCUUUCAGGAAACAAUGGACAUCGGAUACGCCUUUCCAGUUGGUUGGAUGAGUCCAGAAGGAUGGCCAAAUUCCUCUGCACUGGUCCACUCCCAUCGUCAAUGUCCUAACAUGACGAUGAUCUAUGGUGAUUGGGAUUCACGGUCCAACUCGUCGUUGGAUCUACGGGGCGUUGCGUGCUACUACAACAUGGAACAGGCUCAACUCAACACAUCAUAUGCAUUUCCACAGCAAAGCGUGACUGGAGUAUACCCUGUGGAGCCCUCAUCGCUCGUUCAGGCAGAUCCUAGCUGCUGGCCCUUCAGCUUGUAUAGCAUCAACGACUACCUGGCAAACAAUGCAUCUGCAUCGUAUGAUAGUCUUUUCAUGGCUGCAUCUAACGGAAGCGAUGAACAAACGCUCUUCACGCCUUACAAUGCCGAUGCUUUCGCAAGCCGAAUAGGCCAGAUCUACAAUACCUUCUUGGCCCAGUAUUUCAGCCUCAAUCUGCGCAACACCAACUUCACAGCCGGGGUACCACAAGUGCCGAUGACACUUGUUGACAAUCAUCGCCAACGCUUGUUUCCAAAGCCGGCUUUCUACAAGUAUUCUCGAAGGGCUGCUUGGCAUCAUCUGGGUAUGCACAGUGAUUGCGCUUGUCCUUUUGACAGUAAAGAGCUGCUUCCAAAGGAUCCUUGCAGUAUCGCGGCUCAGGCUAGUCUCUUUGCUGAUUCCGAGUUCAUUGAUCUGAUACCUCCUGGAGCGGAAAGUCUCUCUGACGAAAAGCUUGCUGAGACAACACCUUUUAAGGAUCAUCUGUUCAGUUUAGGAUGGUGGGAAAAGGAAGGUGGAGAGAAAAGAACUUUUGGUGUCGAUGUUGGUCAGGCUGUCUCUAUGGGUCAAGGAGACACGCGAUGGACACGAAUUAAGAGAUUGCUUGGUGUAUGA